AUGGAGGCAGCUCUUGGAAACUCAAAAGAUUAUUCGCUGAAACAAUAUCUAAAAUUCGUAGAUAAGUUGCAGAUGAAAGCGAAGGAACUAAGUUCAGAAGUGGACUCAUUUACCCCAUCUGAUGUAGAAAGGGUCUUGCGGAGGAUGCGCUUGUUCACCUUCAGGUUGCGCUUCAGGGCCGGCAUCACGGGCGCGAUAUCAGUGAGGACCAAGUCCGAACAGGCCCAUGCCCGCCACGCCGCAGCCCGUGCCCAGUUCCACGACUCGUUUGCCUCCGAAGUCCAGGACGCGGGCGUAGGGGUUGUUGUCCGUUGGUGGGGCCCAUCGCUCCGCGAAUUUGACGAGGACGAGGGAGCAGGGCCACACGGAGGUUCCCACGUUAUAUCUAUUUGCGUUGGUUACUUAAGUGAACUUCAGGAUAAAGCAAGCAUAAAACAUAUCUGUUUUGGAAGUGGGCCACCGGCGCAAUGA